UCGAUAGAUCAUAACCCUUGCAGAUGAGGGACCAGAUCAGCUCAUCCUUGUUUAUCUAUCAACAUUCUGGACUAAGAAGAAUCUUCUGAGUUUAUUGUUCCAACCACUGCACCACACCCAGAAUUUCAUCUGUGUUAAGAUCACAGAACAGACACCAUGGAACAGUCUCUUUCAAAUUAUUCAGAUUAUUACGAUCAUUAUGAUGAUGAAUCUAACACAACAACAGAUUAUCAGCAUUUUAUUCACUUAUGUGAGAACAUUCACAUUAAUCUAUUUGGAGCCAUGUUCACACCAGUUUUGUUCAGCCUCGCCUUUAUUAUCAGCCUGGCUGGAAAUGCCCUAGUUUUGUGGGUCCUGGUGAGAUAUGAGAGGCUGAAGACUGUGACGGACAUCUUCAUUCUGAAUCUGGUCACCUCCAAUUUACUCUUCACCUUCUCGCUCCCUUUCUGGGCUGUGGAUCACACGAGAGGAUGGAUCUUUGGCAAGGCCAUGUGCAAACUCAUGAGUUCAAUUUUCUUCAUUGGCUACUACAGUGGGAUGAUGUUGCUGACACUGAUGACCAUUGAUCGAUACUUUGCAGUGGUUCACUCUCUGUACGCUUUCAGAAUUAGGAAGGUCUCCUAUGCCGUGACAGCCAGCAUAGUCGUUUGGGGAAUUAGUUUCGCGGCAACAAUCCCUGAGAUAAUCUACUCUGAUGUACAUCUUCAGAUGGAAGGACUGUACUGUUUUAGUAACUAUCCACCUGAGAGUGCUGAAAUAUGGGAGCUGGUUGGCUGUUAUCUGCAAAAUAUCUUGUUCUUCCUCAUCCCCUUUGUUGUUAUUGUGUUCUGUUACUGGAGAAUUCUCAACACUGUCAUUAGAUGCAAAGCCAGGAAGAAGCACAAGACAGUGAAACUUAUCUUCUGGAUUGUGGUGGUGUUCUUUGUGUGCUGGACACCUUACAAUGUGGUCAUCUUCCUUUUCUCUUUGGUAACAUUGAAAGUCCCGGCGUUCAAAACCUGUGAGAUGAACAACCGCCUGGAGUAUGCUUUGUACAUUUCCCGGAACCUGGCUUAUUGCCACUGUAGUCUCAAUCCCUUCUUUUAUGCUUUUGUGGGGACAAAAUUCAGGACCCAUUUAAUCAGGCUUUUGAGUAAUUGUUUCCCCCGUUUGAAAAUUUGCAGAGAACUCAGUACCACCUCUGGCAACAGUAGCAAAUGCAUCAACUCCCGGAAUUACUCAGAUAUCGACAUGCCCCUGCAUUCAAUGGGGUCUUGAACUGUAGGCCCCAAAGUCUGGAAGCAAAAUCUAAUGAUCCAUUGGAGGGAGGGUGGGAUACUCAGAGCCUCCUUCCGCCCCACUCUCAGCCAUCCGCUAUACGAAGGAGCAAAGUUGGAGACUUCCCAUGACCGAGUUCAUCUGUUCUGGGCCUUCCCGGAAAUGUGUCAACAAUCCCAUCCUCAGAAUGGGUCAGUCUGCCAACCCCACACCCCAAAAUGGAUCAGUCCAGCAAUCUCACCCUCUCCAGAAUAAGUUAGUCUGACAACCCCAUCCCCCUCUCUACAAUGGGUCAGUCUGACAACACCCCCCCACCCCACUUUCCACAAUGAGACAGUCUGAUAAUCUCACCCUCCCCGUAAUGGAUGAAUCUGACAUCCCCAUUUUCCCCAGAAUGGGUCUUUCAACAAUUCCACAUUCCCCAGAAUGGGUCAGGUCAAUCCAAAGACCCCCACUUCCCCACAAUGGGUCAGUCUGAUGACACCACUCUCCAGAGUGGGUCAGUCUGGUGACCCCACUUCCCCAGAAUGGGUCAGCCUGCCAAUUGCACAAAUUGAGAUUCUCUGAUGACUCCACCAUCCCCAGAGUGGGUCAGUCUGACAACCCCAUCCAUCCCACAAUGGGUCAGUCUGAUGAUCCCCCACUCUUCCCACAAUGGGUCAGUCUGAUGAGGCCCCCCUUUCCCUCCUCCCCCAGAGUGAGUCAAUCUGGUGACCCCACCUCUACAGAAUGGGUCAGUCUGACGACCCAACUUCUAGAAUGGGUCAGUCUGAUGACCCCACCCUCCCCAGAGUGGGUCAGCCUGCCAAUUGCACAAAUUGAGAUUAGGUCAAGGCUCUUUGAGAUGUGGGCCUACACAUCUUUUUUAUCUCUUAACUGUCAGGUGGGAUUACAUGGAGGUGCUGGGAAAUCGUUUUGAAGGGACAGGGAUGUAAGCCAAAAAUGGAAUGAAUGAGUAGCUGUGGUCAAACAAAAGCUGGCUAGGUGGAAGUGAUGCUCCUUUGCUGUUGUGGGUAAGAAUCUGCUCAUCAGCAGUACGCUACUUUCUGUGUUGCUAUAUGUGGUGAAGUUUUGGCUUGCUCCCCAUUUAUGUACCAUAGUCAUCACCCAAUCUGUUUUCUGCUUUAUCCAGAGGUUGAAGAUGGACCAUGAUCAAAGCAACAUGAUGUAUAAAUCCCUAGUGAAGGGGGGAAAACACUGAACUGACUUCAACCACAUCCUGCUGGCCACGUUAGUCAGAGUCAUACAGCAUGGAAAUAGCCCCUUUGGCCCAACUAAUCUACGUUGACCAGGUUUCCUAAACUAAAGUAGUCCCAUUUGCCUGUGUUUGGCCCAUAUCCCUCUAAAUAUUUCCUAUUUAUGUACCAGGUCUUUUAAAUGUUGUAACUAUACUCGCCUCUACCACUUUCUCUAUCAGUUCAUUCUAUGUACAAACCACCCAUGUGUGAAAAAGUUGUUCUUCAGUUCCCUUUUAAAACUUCCUUCUUAAAAAUAUGCCCUCUGGUUUUGAACUCCCCUACCCUAGGGAAAAGACCUUUGCUAUUCAUCUUAUCUGUGCCCUUCAUGAUUUUAUAAAAAUCAGCCUACAAUGCUCCAGGGAAAAAUGGCUCAGCCUAUCCAGUCUCUCUCUAUAACUCAAACCCUCCAGUCCUAGUAACAUCCUUGUAAUUUUUUUCUGCGCCCUUUCCAAUUUAAUAAUGCCCUUCUUAUAGCACAGCAGCCAGCACUGUAUGCAGUACUCCAAAAGUGGCCUCCCCAACGCACAAACAGCUAUAAUAUGACAUCCCAACUCCAAUGCUCAUUGCUCUGAGCCAUGAGGGCAAGUGUGCCAAAUGCCUUUUUCAUCACCCUCUCUACCUGUGGUGCUGGUUUCAAGGAACUAUGCACCUGAACUUCCAAAUCGUUCUGUUUAACAAUAUUCCUCAGGACCCUACCAUUAACUGUGUAAGUCUGUACCUUGUUCAUCUGACCAAAGUGUUUAGUGUGCAGCUGCACCAAGCUGUGCAUAGACCCUUAGUAGGAGAAAGUGGGGACUGCAGGUGCUGGAGAUCAGAGUCAAAAGUGUGGUGCUGGAAAAACACAGCAGGAAAAAAAGGCAGCAUCCAAACAACAAGAGAGUCGACGUUUUGAGCACAAGCUCUGAAGAGUUUAUGUUUGAAACGUAGACCACUAGUACGAAAACAUUGGGUAUCACCCCACAUCAUGCUUGAAACUAUCACUGAUGCUGUGAAAAAUGAGCCUUUCCACAUUUUUGCCGAAUGCUCCAGUUCAUUGCUCUGUGCUGAGCCCCUGGUCCUUCACUGAGAUGUUAAUGCACAGCUGCUUCAUCAAUGACCUUCCGUCCAUCAAAUGGUCAGAAAUGGCAAUGUGUUCCAAUGAUUGUUCAGCAUCGUUCCCAAAUCCUCAAAUACUGAAACAGUCCAAGGGGGAACGAUUGCUGUCAAUGGCCUUUCGGACAGAGCAUACGGAAGAGUUGAAACUGUAGAACGUGGUGUACCUUACAAAGAAUAUGCAUUGUGAAUCAAGAGUAUUGAAAAUGUAUUGAGACACCUUAAAUUGGAACAUGUGUAGAGAAAACAAAAUGGUUAUGAAUUCUCUGGUAAUUUCCAAUUGAGCUUGGACUGUGUAAUUAACAUGUAAUGUAUUUUGUAAAUAUUAAGAGUAUUAUAAUUUGUAUUGAUUGAAACAUUCAGUAUGGGGACAAACUGAAUUUCAUUAAAAAAUUUUUAGUAAACAUGUUUUAUUAUUUUUUUUCCAUUCUUUUUGGAAAAAAGUAUAUUUUUAGAAAAAAAUAAAAUCCCACAUUCACCAGAAUGUGCUGGCCUGACUGUCCCACACGUCUCAGAAUGAGUCCUUCUGUCAAUUUCCCCCCCAUUAUCGGAAUGGAUCAGCCCUCUCUCCACAUAAUGGGUCAGCCUGUAAAUCCCAUCCUCACUAGAAAGUGGUGGUCUGACUAUCCCAAUUCCCCCACCUCUUUCACCCCCACCCUCAUCCCCACCAUUUGAAUGAGUCAGUCAGACAAUAGCAUCCUCAUAAUGCAUGCUCUUCCUAAUAAGUGAGAACAGACAGAUUUGUUUUACACAUUUUUGUAACUUGAAUUUUUAUUAUGUCCACUUAAUAUAUCAAAUUUUGUGUGAAAAGUACAUGGAGUAUCAAAAUGAAUUUGAUACACUUUUUAGCAAAAGGCAUACCUGAAAAUAUAAAAGGCUGUAAGGUGUUAAAAGUGACAACAUGCUUUGAGUAGACACCAAUUACAAGUUACCUAGUUCAUUUCCAUUUUACACUGGAUUGUCAAGGACACACUGGGUAUGAGUCUGAUACAUGUCGGCACCAUUAAGAUAUCUCAUUGCUUCUAUUGUCUAAGAACUCUGAUGUAAUAAUUUCAAUGUAAACCAUUUUAUUAAAUGACAUAUAUGCAAAAUGGAAUGUAAUAAAAUAAUUUUCUGGAAA